AUGAAUACUACUAAUGUAGAAGACAACGACGUAAAUGAGACUGGAACGACUAGUGAAGGUCCCUCGUCCGGCAGGUGUCCUGUGGAUCAGCAGCACAUGCCCAGUCGUCAUGCUACUGCUGAAGCUAUAAGAUUGAAAUGGACGAAAGAAAUCAAUGUUGUAAUAAUGGAGUGCUUUUAUUUAAGUAAGCCGUUUAGCGAAAAUGGAAAACCUCAACGAGGAUACCGACAGCGAAUGCAUAGGAUCUGGAAUGAGAGAGGAGUGUUUCCCGCAAAAGAACAAAGAAUUUGGACAAUUUGUGAUCAAGCUAGAGCAAUAAGGAAGAACGGUUGGUUAACAGACAUUGAACUGGAGAGUAUAAAACAAAGAGUAUUAAGAGUCCGUCUCUGUAAUUUCCGACCACUCGAUACUGGUUCAAAAAUAAACCCAGCCUUAAUUAAACUUUGUGUGUGGAUUAAGAAACCCUUGCUUAUCAUCAAUACAAAAGGG